AUGUACCAAGUCAACGCGAGCGUCAAGGGGUCGCUGCCGUUCCAGCCGUGGGCACCCGUUGUCCUCUCGCUCGACGGUCAGCACCUGCGCGUCGACUACGGCGACACGACCACCAAGUCGUACGACGUUGUCGGGUGCUCGGCCACGACCACCGACGCGACGCCCUUUGUCGUUCGUGUUCAAUUUCGCAACGGCAAGAAGCUCGUCCUCAACAUGGGCUCCCACGCGCUCCAGGCGCAGCUCAUUCAGCUGCUGACGACGACGUCAGCUCUCGACGACACGGCCAGCGUCUAUGACCAGCUCGUCGGCGUCGCCACCGCCAUCACCGACCGCGCUGCACUCGCCAAGAAAUCGAAUCUUCUGCCGUGUGGCAUCUCAGUAACCGAUGUUCAAGCUCAUCUUCGCGGCCUCAAGGAUGUCCACGACCACGUUUCUGGUCUGCAGUCGCCGCUCGCACUUUACGAGUGGCUUCUCGACACAGAGGCCGCUUACGUCGCGCGUCACCGGGACCUGCACGGGGAAGCGCACCCCGAGGUCUAUGCGCACUGCGUGUACCAGCAAGACCCGCUCAAUUAUGCGCUCGGGACAACGUCGUCGGUGCGACUGCCCGACUUCAAGACGUUCAUCGGUGUCUGCGCCUUUUGCAAGGCCGAGUACGACCGCGGUCUCUUGGAGAUCGUGUACCACGGCAAUGGCUCGUGGCCCUGUCCGCGCUGCCAGCAGCAAAUCCGACCCGACGUGUUCUUCAAGAACAAAUUUGGCACAACUGCGUUCGACGUCCCGAUGCGCAACGUGCUCGCAUCGUGCCCGCAGCCAUCGUGCCACACUCGGCUUCCUCUUCCUGCGAUACAGCGUCUGCACCUCUCCAGCGGCGCCGCUACUUGCACCGUCUGCAACCUCGCAGUGUCGUACGAGACGUACCAGAUUGCAACUCUAAUUCGCGAACACCCGUCGAUUCGCCACCAGAGCGUCCGCAACGCCGAUGGAUCGCACACGGCCCUACUGCCGACGCAGCGCGAGAUCCCGGGGAGCGGCCUCUGGUCGGCGUACCUCGAGAAAACAAAAGCAUUGGCGCAAGCCAAGUGCGACAAGUCGUCGUCGCCGCGACUGGAAAAGUUCGAGUAA